CAAGCCCGAGGAAUUCCGAGUAACACGAGCUUCUCGAUAUUGAAUAAAAUCAACGAAGGGAAGCGAAACAGGGUAUAUACAUCUAUUCAAAAAGCAUGAGACGUAGAUAAACAAACAGGACAGCAAGUAAAAGGUGCUUGCUGAGGCAGUAUGAUGAGGUUUUGGGUGUUGCUGUUGAUAGGGAUACCUGUUGGGGCCAAGACAGGGAAUUACCUGCUGGUUGCCCCUAAGAGUGCUAUAAAGGGAGAUGACUACCCUGUGACUGUCGUAAACAACUUAGAUGAGCAGGCGGAUGUUACUGUCACAAUGUCCUCAAAGGGUGGGGCAUCUGGUACACGGACCGGUACUGUCACAGGGAAAGGUUCUGUAAAAUUUGACAUGAAAGUAACAGCUGAUUUUUCUUCUGCAUUCCUCCUGAACAUGACCUUGACCUAUACGCAGUCAAACCGGAUUAUUGUGAAUUCAACAUUAGUUCCUGUUAAGGAGGUGUCUAGUUUCCUGAACAUUCAAACAGACAAGAAGAUGUACAAGAAAAAUCAAAAAGUUUUGAUUCGUGCCUUAGCCCUGGAUAGAGAUCUAAUGCCUGUAAACCAAAAUGUCACCAUAUAUAUUAAGGAUCCUGAUGGAAACAGAGUAGAGAUGUGGAGGAAUCUGGAGCCAACAUCAGGUGUGGCCAAUGCAGAGUUCCUCCUGUCAAAUGACCCAACACUGGGGGACUGGUCUAUUCAUGCCGAACAGCAACACAGCGCUUCAGAGGUUGUGAAAUCUGUGGUAACAUUUACAGUUGAUAAAUUUGUUUUGCCGAGAUUUGAAGUGACUGUAAUUGGACCCCCAUCUCUCUACGCCAAGAGUAAGGAACCAUUUGAUGUCCGAGUCAUUGCCAGAUAUACGUAUGGGGAGAAUGUAGUAGGAGAUGCCAGGAUAGUGACGUCUAUAAGUGGUCGGGAUAAAGUCUCCCCUUAUCAGCCCCUGGUAGAAGGAACUACGACCUUCACCUUGACACCCGGGGAUUUGAGUACCAUGCUGUCCUACUAUAACCCAGUUAUGCAGGUCAAGGCCACAGUGAUGGAGGGGUCAUCCAGGAUCGAACUGGAAGGGGAGACCACAGUCCAGCUGACUUAUGGUGGGAUGAAGAUUGAAAUAACGGGUGACGAUUACUUCUCUCCCGAUAUACCAUACUAUUAUUGUGUGACCGUUACUGAUGAUAGGGGUCAACUGGUACCAGUGGAGAAGAGACAGAACUACAAACUGACCAUCAUCAGAGAUUAUAAUAGGACACUGACACAGACUCUUGAGCUGUCCAGUAUGACCGCCACGUCUUCUGGGCACAUACUCUGUCUGACAGCUAGCCCUCCGUAUGCGAACGAGCUUGAAUUACAGGUUUCUGUCCAGAAAAAGGCUGAUGAAACUCCCUCCAAUUCCAAAUACCACACCGUGUACAAAAUGUCCAACUCUGUCAAUGAUACAGCCGGGUCUCUCAGCCUAAUGCUUUGGGAUGAACAACAAAAUAACCUGGCCACCAAGGAUGAGUUGAAUGUUGGAGAUGUUGCCAAGUUUAAGGUGCACAAGUCUGACCAGUCUUCUCUGGAUCUAACAGUUUUCUAUCAGGUUUUCAGUAAAGGCAUGUCUGUGACCAGUGGUACAGUUGACUUUGGACAGACUACAUCAGCAAUACUUCCUGUGACGGUCAGCAGGUGGAUGUCUCCCAUGGCAACAGUAAUGGUAUAUGGUGUAUCCAAUGGUUACCUGCUUACAGCAAUGCAGAAAAUCAAAGUCAACCUCAAUUUAAAUGCCAAGGCCAAGAUGUCGUAUGGGAUUUCUCGGGCCACGGUGGGGUCAGAUGUCACUCUUACAGUGACCACACCAGAACAGAACUCGUACGUGGCAGUGGUGGCCAUUGACAAGGGAUCGGAGCUUCUCGGGACGAUAGAUAUCACAGAGAAAGAGAUUUUAACAGGCUUAGAGAUGUAUGCUAUGGGAAGUAAUCCAGAAAAUGGACCUAAUAGACCUGUGAUCAUGAACAGGAAAAAGAGAACUGUAAUUAAUCCUUACUACCCAUCCUACAGCACAGCUAAGAUUCUUACAAUGGCUGGCAUGAUGUGUCUCACGGAUGCCACUAUUCACAAAGAAAUGGAGAGCUUCAUUGAUUUUGAGGAGUUCGCAGAGGGAGCAGUUGCUCCAGAUAAUAAAAGACAAGACGAUGCCCCAGCUCUUCCAGGCGCAGUAACUGCAUUUUCAAAAGACGAGACUAAAGUUCGGAAAAAUUUUCCAGAGACCUGGAUCUGGAUGGAUGGGAAAAGCGGCUCUGAUUCCCUGUUUGAAGUUCAGGAGAUGUUACCAGACUCCAUAACAUCGUGGGUGACACGAGCUUUGGUUGUAAGUCCCACCACUGGCUUACAUAUACCAGAUAACACAAAGAUUGAAAGCUUCAAGUCCUUUUUUUUGGUGAUCGACACUCCAGCAUCUAUUAUACAGGGAGAAGUGUUUGAAGUGAAGGUCCUGGUAUUUAAUUACGUAGAGAAUGGUCCUGAGGAUCUACAGGCCACAGUGUCCUUGAAAGGGAAGAUAGACAACACAGCAAAGAUCUGGAGCAAGGACUUGAACCAGGAACCGACCUCGUCUGAGGGGGUCAACCAAACACUGACGGUCAAGCGUGGGCAGUCCGGCAUGUUUGCUGUGUGGGUAAGGAAGCUGGACACAGAUAAGUUCUCUCCCUUGUUGACACUGAGCGGGAAGGCUACAGCUCAGGCCGGGGGUCAGAAUUACGUAGACAAUCUGGAGAAAGUGGUCAGUGCUGAGCCUGAGGGACGUCAAGUUCAGAAGACCAGAGUACUGAACCUGGAGACACCAGGGGGAACAGACAUUCCUCCUGUAGGCAUCUCAUUCCCUGACAACGCAGUGAAAGGCUCCAAGUCUGUCUACGUAUUGGCCAUGGGUGACCUUCUGGGCCAGGCCCUGAACAACCCCGAGAGAAUGAUAAGUGUACCCACAGGCUGCGGGGAGCAGAACAUUGCCACCACUGUCCCUAACCUGUACGUCCUACAGUACCUCCGAGCGACACAGGCCGGGGAAACUAAUCUGGAGGCCCGAAUGAUACAGAACAUCAAACAAGGUUAUCAGCAGGAGUUACGGUACAAGAGACAUGACAGUUCCUUUAGUGCCUUCGGAAUGUCUGACCCCUCAGGAAGCACCUGGUUAACAGCAUUUGUGCUGAAGUCUUUUGCUGAGAUUCAUAGAAUACUACCAGAUCUGGUGGACCCCACAGUGAUGCAGAGAGCCACCUCCUGGCUGAAUAACCAAGUGGGGGAGCGGGGGGCGGUCAAAGAACCGGGCAGGGUGAUCCACACGGAGAUGCAGGGCAGUGGGGCGGAUUCCAGGGAGAAGUUAGCAGCUUUUGUGUUGUCCUGCUACACUGAAGUUCUGGCAGAGUUUGGGUCUACCAGUGAUAUUAUCUAUGCUGCUGCAAGCCAAAAGAUGGCAGCUAUAGAGAGUUUUCUGAAGAGUAACCUCCCCUCGGCAGUGACCAAUCCUUACUACACCUCACUACUGACAUAUGCCCUCGCAGUAGACGGGUCAUCAACAAGAGAAGUAAGCAAGAUGGCACAACAACUUAUGGACAAUGCUACAACCUUCCUGGAUGGAGCGGUGGAGAUGAAGUGCCUGGGUAAGAAUUGUAGGGGUGGGGACAGUGACGGAGGUCCGGGGGGACCGGUUCCCAUACUGAGGGACAUCAGGGAGAAAGAGCCCUCCCCCUCCAGUAUAGAGAUGACAGGGUACCUCCUACAGACCCUGCUGAAGAUCGGCAGAUCAGACGACGCUCUGCCUUUCUUACGAUGGCUCAACAGCAAACGGAACAGCCUUGGGGGAUGGUACUCCACACAGGAUACAGUAGUGGGAUUGAAGGCCCUUUCAGAUUUUGCCAGGAGUCGAUCAAACAACAGGAAUGUUCAGAUUGAUGUAGUUAUAACAGCUAAACAGAACUCCACUGUACUGAAGACUGAGACAAUACAGAUCACCGCGGAAACACGACUACUGCUGCAGAGGGCCGAGUUUCCUAUUGAUACGACCAGUCUGGAAAUCCGUCCCAGUCAAGCUGGAGAAGCUGUUCUUACUGUUGUCUGGCAGUACAAUCUUGUGAAUGAUUUGUUUGAUAACGACCUGCAGGUCACUGUAGGAAAGUAUACGAUCAACGACAACAUCUACGACAUCAAUCCAUGUGUUAGAUAUCUGGGUUCAGGUCCCAGUAACAUGGCUUUGGUUUCGGUUACUAUGGGAUCUGGGAUGUCAGCUGAUGUGGAGAAAUUGGAACGGAAUUCAGCGCUGUCAAAGGUCGAGGUCGAUGGAUCUGUGGUCCAUAUGUACUUAAACGAGGUCACCAAGGAAAGCCAGUGUAUGAGAUUCCGAGCUGUCCAAGUGUCAGAAGUAAAGGAUGCUAAAGAAGUCCCAGUCAAAGCCAUGUUGUACUAUGAGCCAGAGGUGUCUGCUGUAGUAUCCUACAACCCCUCUACCUCCAACAGAGUGAACUUCUGUAAAGAUCAGAUCUGUGCACAUGCUGGUCAUGUGACACCACUCAGCCUCUUUUUGGUGAUCGCCGUGGCAGUGGCAGCCAUCUUGUUGGGGAGACAUAACUGAGAGUGGAACUUCAUCAACCUGAACUUGAUAUCAAAGAAAUUGAUUAGUUGUUAGAUUAUCUAGAUUUUUUUUAUUUAUAUGUUAAGAUUUUUUAUUUGCUUGAAUGUAUUUAGAUUUUAUGUAUUGUAAAGAUUAAUUUGCGUAAUAUUAUCCUGUAAUUUUUUCAGGAUGCAAGAAAUGUGGACCUCAUAUUUAUUGACUUUAUCUAUGUUUUAUUACAUUUUCAAGAAGUAAAUUAAUGUUAUUUUUAUUUUGGAAAUUUAUGAAAUGAAUUUUAAUUUUUUGGUAAUUUAAUUUUUACUCCCAUGCAGUUAUCCAUCAUGCUAUGGAAUAUUUGACUAGAUUUUACAGCCUUUAUUGUUAUAUUGAGGUCUUUUUUUUAUGCAUGCUUAAAUGUCAACUUUCUAGAUUUCCCUUCUUUACAGGAAGUAAAAUCUAUUAAAAGCUUUCUAUACAGUCAAAUUAAAAAUUUGUGUACUUUGUAUACAUCAAACAUUCCAGUUUUUUCUUUAACUACAUGUAUUAAUUGGUUUAUAUUAAUGUAUUUUUCAGUUAACUAUAUGUCAAUUCAUUCAUUCACGGUGUGAAUUUAUUGUAUGUGUUCAACUGUAUUUGAAAAUCCAUUCAAAACCUUUAUGAGAUUUUGAAAGAUAUUAUAUUUAGAAUUUAUAGUUCGAAAAGUGCCAUGACAUGAAAUCCAAUUUAUAUUCUCAAGCCAAUAUAAAUAUAUUUUUUUUUAACAUGAGUAUUUUUAAGGGGAAAGAAUUUGAUACAUCUACUUAAGUGAAAGAAGCUUUUUAAAUGUACAAAAUAUAUUUUCCCUAUUUCUGCAGGCCUUUAUAUUUAUAUAUUUUGUAUAUUUAUAUAUUUCUUUUAUAUAUCACUAAUAGUUACAACUAUAAACAGAUAUACUUAUAUAAUUGUCUUUGUUUAGGAUUAAAUCUGAUUGUGUCUUAAAUAAAAUUUUCAAAAUUU